CGGAACAGCGGGUAGUACUAGCCAAUGCCAGCGCAGGAGGCAGAUUUAGCGGAAUAUGGGUGGGAAAAAAAUCCGGCGGUCCUAAUUCAGUGGCCUCAGAGUUUGUAUUUGUUUGUGUUUUUCUUGGUCGUGAAAAAGGGAAAACAAUGGCGAACGUGAAACGGGAGAGGGAUAUCGAUAAUGAAGAAGAGGAAGAGGUGCGAGUGAAAGUGGCCCGUUCUCAUGACACUGAAGACAAAAGAAGCCGACACUGUCCCUACCUCGACACAAUCAACAGGAGUGUUUUGGACUUUGACUUUGAAAAACUGUGCUCAAUCUCUCUCUCGCACAUUAACGUCUACGCCUGUCUCAUCUGCGGAAAAUAUUUCCAAGGGAGAGGCCUGAAGUCUCAUGCCUACACCCACAGUGUUCAGUUCACACAUCAUGUCUUCUUAAAUCUUCACACUCUCAAAUUCUACUGCCUACCGGAUAACUACGAGAUCAUUGAUUCAUCUCUUGAGGACAUCACUUAUGUGCUGAAGCCAACAUUCACCAAACAGCACAUUGCUAAUUUGGAAAAGCAGGGGAAGCUGUACAGGGCCUACGAUGGCACAACGUACCUGCCUGGUAUUGUGGGCCUCAAUAAUAUCAAGGCCAAUGACUACGCCAAUGUAGUUCUACAGGCUCUGUGCAACGUGCCUCCUCUCCGCAAUUACUUCUUAGAGGAGGAGAACUACCGUGGGAUCCGGCGGCCUCCCGGCGACAUCAUGUUCCUGCUGGUGCAGCGCUUUGGCGAGCUCAUGCGCAAGCUCUGGAACCCACGCAACUUUAAGGCCCACGUCUCGCCACAUGAAAUGCUGCAGGCUGUGGUGCUUUGCAGUAAGAAGACCUUCCAGAUCACCAAGCAAGGGGAUGCUGUGGACUUUCUUUCUUGGUUCCUAAAUGCACUGCAUGGAGCUCUGGGUGGAACCAAGAAGAAACCAUCUAUUCUCACAAAAGUCUUCCAGGGGUCCAUGCGGAUCUUCUCAAAGAAACUUCCUCACCCUGAUUUGCCUGCAGAGGAGAAAGAGGCGCUGCUGCAGAAGGAGGAGUAUCAGGAGGAGAUGCUGGAGUCCACUUUUCUGUACCUCACUCUUGACCUACCUACAGCACCGCUCUACAAAGAUGAGAAAGAGCAGCUCAUCAUCCCUCAGGUUCCUCUCUUCAACAUUCUGGCAAAGUUCAACGGCAUCACUGAAAAGGAAUACAAAACUUACAAAGAGAACUUCCUCAAAAGGUUCCAGUUAACCCGACUUCCUCCAUACCUUAUCUUCUACAUCAAGCGAUUCACAAAGAAUAACUUUUUCGUUGAAAAGAAUCCCACCAUCGUCAAUUUCCCCAUCACGAAUGUUGACCUGCGUGAGUAUCUAACAGAAGAGGCCCAAGCUACUGAGAAGAACACAACCUAUGACUUGGUAGCCAACAUAGUGCAUGAUGGGAAGCCAACAGAGGGAUCAUACAGAAUUCAUGUCCUGCAUCACGGUACAGGGAAGUGGUACGAGCUCCAAGACCUGCAGGUAACCGAUAUCCUGCCUCAGAUGAUCACACUGUCAGAAGCGUAUAUACAGAUCUGGAAGAGACGAGAAAUGGACGGUGGUGCAGACAGCCAUACUGGAGCGUGAUGAUACACCCUCAAAGACAUGAUGACAAACCAGAACUGGACCACGUUUUCACUUCACUCUUCAGUAAUAUAAAUAUUAAUUAUUGCUCCAAUUAAUUUGUAUUUCUGUGUGAGUGCUGUGUAGGUUUGUUACAUUUGUUUAUUAAACAUUUUAAUAAUA